AUGUCAGCACGCAGACGUCAUGUUGUAGGGCCCGUGGUGAAUCGCGACCUUGCGAGCUCGGGCGGCUCGCGGCACUAUUACGAUGGAGACGAAGCAAGCAGCAGAUUAUUGAGCGAGGAGACUGUCGACUUGGACCCAAGUGAGCAACAGCCGACGACGACGACGACGACGACGACGACGACGACGACGACGACGACGACGACGACGAUGACAUCCCGCGACAGGACCAAUGAGUUCGCUAACGCGAUUCGCUCUAUGCAGAGCAGGACCGUGGCGCGGACCGCAGUGAAUCUGCAAAAUCCGCGUCGCGCACGCCAGAUACAGAGCUACUCGAACUUUAUGAUGAUAGCUAAGAACAUUAGCAGGAACAUUGCUGGCACAUAUAUCAAACUGGAGAAACUUGCUUUGUUGGCUAAGAAAAAAUCCAUAUUUAAUGACAGACAAAUGGAGAUCGAAGAGCUUACAAAUAUUAUAAAAACGGAUCUAAAAAGCUUAAAUCUUCAAAUCGGAAAACUACAAGAGCUUGGAAAGUCACAGAGAGAAAGCUUUGGUUCUUCUCAGAGUCAUCACAUUGCUUCUCAUUCUUCCUCAAUUGUGAUGACAUUGCAAUCAAAGCUAGCUAAUAUGUCUAAUCAUUUCAAAAGUGUCUUGGAAGUUCGUUCUGAGAAUAUGAGAGAGGAACAAAGCAGGAGACAGCAGUUCACUCAAGGAUCUCUGUCCACUAUGCUCCCUCCGAGUGUUGUUUCUGGGAAACAAGGUUCCUUGUUACUACAAGAAGAAAUUUCAAGUAAUUCAGUUGCGAUAGAUCUUGAACCUGUGAUGAAUCAGCAGUUACAACAAACAAUUAUACAAGAUGAUACUGAUGCGUACGUGCAAUCGAGAGCCGAAACUAUGCAAAAUAUAGAAUCUACUAUAGUUGAGUUAGGGGGUAUUUUCCAACAAUUGGCGCAUAUGGUUAAAGAACAAGAAGAAAUGGUUGAAAGGAUAGAUAGUAAUAUAGAAGAUACCGAACUAAAUGUGGAAGCUGCACACACCGAAAUACUGAAAUACUUUCAGUCUGUGACAAGUAAUAGAUGGCUAAUGAUAAAGAUAUUUGCAGUCUUGAUAUUUUUCUUUAUAUUUUUUGUAGUAUUCUUAGCAUAACACUAUCGAUAAUUAUAUUUAUAAUAUCAUUAUACUUUUAUCAUUCAUAUCCACUAUUUGUGAUAUAAGAAACAGAGAGAAAAUGGUUUUUACAAAAAAGCUGCGACAUACAUACAGGCUAUAACGAAUAUUGCGUGCAUUCCUCGCCCUUUCCCUGAAUUGUGAAUAUUGUAAGUACAUUUAAAUACUAUUGUAAGUAUUUAAAUAUUACGUUACUUGUAUAUCUCGCAUUUCGCUGAAUACAAAAAAAUGUAAAAAGAAAAUAUUUCUAUAGAUAAUAAAUGCAUAAUUUUCAUUUUUG